CGCAGGAGAGCCAUCGUGCCGUGCGGCGCGGCCGUCCGGACGGAGCGCCGUCACUGAAUACUGUAUUGCGAACGCUUGCACAAACAAAUCGUUAAUGUUUUGGCUGCGCCACAUCUGCAGGGGGAUGACAAAAGGCCUCUGUGUGUGUGUGUGUGUGUGUGUGUUGUGUGUGUGUGUGGCUGUUUUUGCAGAUAUGACUGUACCACUCGAUGGCAUGCGCACAUCCGGCCUCGGAGCAGGCCGGGCCUCCAGCAGGUCUGGGGGAUUCACCGGGGUGUUGCCUCGCAGACACCAGUCUCCAGGAAUUGUACAAUAGCCAAAGCACACACACACACACACGCACACACGCACACACACACACGCACACAUUAUAGAAAACAAAAAAAUAUGUCAGGAAAAUAAUUAAUGGACAAGCUUUGACUCUGAGAAAAACGUCAACUAGAGAGAUUCACAUAAUUAGUUUGAAGUGGUAUUGUGGACGUCUCAAAGCGGAGCGCUUUUCAUACUUUUCUGAGUGGAAUCUAUAGCAUACAUUUAUUUUUGAAAAUCGAUUAUCUGGAUGAUUAGAGUUCUGGGAGAAGAAUUUAUUUAUUUUUUCGCCUUAAAAAGAACAUUUACCAGAAAGAAACAUAAUCACAGAAUUCCAGCAUUGUUGGAAGCAUUAAGGUCUUUCUUUUUUCUGUUGUUGUUUUUUUUUUUCUCCCAGCUGGAGAGCGAACUCACAGUGAAUCAUCUCUCUCUCUCUCUCUCUCGUUCUCUCUCUCAGAGUGUGAGGUUGUCCUCGGAUUCUUGAAAGAAAUGGAUGAUGUGGGAAUAAUUAGAGCACAGAUGCUGAUCAUCGACGGUUUAUGUAGAAAACAAGCUGGCGAAUUAAUGACAAUACCUGUUUUUUUUGUUUUUUUUUCCUUUCUAAAAAAAGACACACUUCGGAUGUGAAAAGCGCCGCCCGUCGUUUCUGGGUCUUAUUAAUUGAAUCUGUAAAACGAAGGAACGGGAGCAUAGUCGGCACUUGUGUUUUUUAUUUUUUUAUUUUUUUAUUUUCUCUUUGUCAAUCCCCUUCCUGUAUGUCCUUUACAGAAUUAGCAUAAAAAAUCUCUGAGGUUUUAUGUCAAAUUAGUGAUUCCAGUAAAAAAAUAAAAAAUAAAAUAAAAUAAAUAAACAAAAGUGGACACACAGAUUCAGUCCCAACAAUCCCUCCAUCGACUGCGUUCAGCUAAAUAUUUACAUCUGCGUAAAUGAAGACUUUUAAAGGAAUGGAACAACAGAUUGGAUUUCUUUUUUCCUCCCCCCACCCCGCACUCUUUCUCAUCCUAUAGUCCUUAGAAAAUCAAUACACUCUUCCACGCACGCAGACACGCGCGCACGUGUCUGCAGACACACACCUUCGAGCUGCAAAGAUGCAACAAUUCUGACAGCUGCACUCCAAAGUGUUUUUUGUUUUGUUUUGUUUUGGUUUUUUUUGUUUUCCUGAGCCUCCAACACGUUGUGAUGUUUCCACUGGAGGUUCGGAAGUGUUCAGGUGGUUUAUGGCGGCGGAUGGCAUCGCUGUAAUUAACACUGACUAAUUGUUGCAACGUUCGAACUCACACACUCAGCAGCACCCCUCUGUUUCCUGAUCGCUUUUUUCAUUGUUAUUAUUUUGUCCUGUUUCCCUGAAAUUUUAAACGGCGAACUCACACACACACGUCCGGCCGAGUUUUAUCAUUUAAUUUAGCUGAGCUUUUUAAUUUUUUUUUUUUUUUAAUUUUUUUUUUUUUUAAAUCUUGUUAAUUAUACAUUCUUCUUCUAAUGUAGGAACUUGUAAAUUCACAACAGUGGAAGUCUUUUUUUGUCUGUUUGUUUGUCUUUUUGUUUUUGGACCAACUUUAACAUGAGUCAGUUUUAGUUUGUCAAGUCUGUGCAAAAAAAAUAAAUCGAUAAAUAAAAAUAAAAAUUCUCAGCGUAUACGUAUCUAAUUUUUUAACGUGCUGAUCUCCAUGCAUAUGCGCUGGGUCUGAGUGCACUCUUUGUCUUUGGAAAACGUGCCAGUGUGUGUGAGUGUGUGAGGUCAGAGGCACACAAAGGCCCCCACUUGUGAUUGUAUGAAUGAAUAAAAGAGAUUGACAGUAAUACCAUUCUAAUAACUAAUCAGCUCAACACAAUGCCUGCUCAUUUGUGUUGACCUUUCAACCCUCAAUUAUGGAAAUGAGUUGUGCUGUCCGCUGCCGGGUUAAGGAGCUUUUUAACCCGCUGUCACGUGUCGACUGCAUUUCCAGGCGCUUGGGUCCUUUCUUUACCUCUUCUCGCUUUUUGUUUUUCUUUUAAAACUGCACAUAUACAUAUAUAUACAUUAUUUUUUAAGGGAAAUUAUGACAUUCAAAUCUUGCUUAAAUGUACUGUGUAGUACAGUACAUGGUGGGAAUUAUAAAAUAAUCAUGCACAUUUAAAGAGGGCUUAGUGUCAGUUUUCUAUUUUUCUUCUGCUGGUUUUUGUUUUUACCUUAAUAAGAAAAAAAAAAUGACUGUCACUUCAACACAAACAAGGCCCUGUAAUUGGAACCUUGCUUUAUUUGUAAUUUUUUUAAAUUUUUUAUUUUAUUUUAAUAUUUUUCCUUGGAUAGGUCACAUCCAGGGUAGCAGUGGUCAAAAUGGCAAAGAAAAAAAGAAAAGAAAAAAUUAAGCCGAUUUGCAUUUGACGCUUGAACAAUCUGUGGGCUUCAGUUUGUAUCAAUGACAAUGAAAAAGCUUGGAUCAGGAUAACUGAGUGAACACACGUCUUACUGAGACCGAAGGGCUGCAUGAGAUCCUCAAAGCGUAAAAACACCACGGUGAUGUCACGAUCUCUUCAGAUUUGAUUUUCAGAUUUGUUUAGAACAAAACUGCAUGCCAUAACAUCAUGUUUCUUUUAAACUAUUCCUACUGCUGCCAAUAUAACAAUUUCUACCUACGAUGAUAAUAAUAUCUGCUCUGUUUUAUUCCUAAAACUGAGCAAAAUAUUUUGAAUAAACACCUGCUGACUCUAGUGGUGGCUUUCAGCUGCUUAUUGUGCUGAAUAUUUUUGUUGUUGUUGUUGUUGCUGUUUUGCUAAAGAAAAAAAAAAAGAAUAAUUAGCUGCUUAUUUAGUGAAGUUAUCUGCUGCUCAGCAGGUAAAGCUGUAGUUUUGAAACAAAGUCUCUCUAAUAGGAGUGAUGGGUGUUUUCUCCUCCCGUUUUUACGCCACAAUUUUGUGUGUUUCUGAAGAAACUAAAAUCUUUUCAAUCUUGGUCACACUUGUAAAGGUGUUGUGCACUUAUUUCGAGAUAUGUUUGAGAGAGUGGAGCAACAGGUAGAGCUGGGAGGGACUUUAUGCUCCACACAGGAGGAGAUUACAUCCAUCACGUCCUGCUCUUUCAUCAAAAGGACUUUCACCUGCAAAAAUAUGUCUCUAGGUUUCCAUCUAAAGUAUCCCUUUCUGUUGUUUUGAUGUCUUGGUGUGGUUCUGAUGGUGAUAAUUCCUCCCCUUCGCCUUGCUUAAUUUGACUUAUUCGCGCACAUUAUACACACAGAGACACAGACAUGCUGUAUAACUGCACUUAAAGGAGAAAGAAAAAAUAAAUAAACGUACACAAGAGGACGUUUGCCUCGGUUUUGAUCAAGUGUGAACUGGAUCCAUGUUCAGAGCUUGUGCCGGCUUGUUUGACUCUCGAGGACUGCAUGUGGAAGAGGAAGUGGCUUCCAACAACUGUGAUUAAACAUGUGUAACUAAUCAGUGACUUUGCUGCCAUGGCACAAGUAUGUAAUUUGUAGAGUCGAGUGUUGGGAAGAAAAAGUGAGUAGCUGAAAGGAACUCUGCAGCAUUCUGAAUAUUUUAGAGGAACAUUUUGUUGCGCAGAAUUUAAAUUCCUUUGGCUGCGCUCAUUUGAAAUGCCCAAUUUCCUUCAUGUUCUUCCAUUUUUAGUUAAAAUAGGAGCCGAUUUGUAAUAACAUUUAAGCUGAAAGCUCAGACUGCCGUGCUUUCCGGAGCUCGCGGAUUACCUUUGCAGUGCUAUAAAGGACUAAAGGGAAAGGCUGGAGCAUUUGAAAUUCAGGUGGAAAUGACUGAGCUUGAUAGCAGAGGGGAAUCCUAAUGGGGCCAUCAAAGUCCUUAUUUGUACCCAACAGAUGAGGCAGCUGUGAAUUGUAUGAAAUAUUGGAAAUCAAUGGGUUCUAUGGAAUUUCAUUAAGCGGCAGUAUCCACAAUUGAUAGGCCCUCAUAAUUUGAUGGAUUGCACAAAGAAAAUUAUUAGCUGGCUCUAUGGAGAGGGUGUGAAUGCACAAAUGUGGGUCUUGAGAGUUGGUGGACUAGGGUAAUUUGUUCAGCGUAAAAAGCAAAAAAAAAAGAAAAAGAGAAAGAAUAUUGAUUUUGGUUAUGUUAAAAGAGAGGGGGGAAAAAAAUCAAAGGUUAAAUCUUUUGCUGCUCUCUACUGCAAAAUAUGUGUGAAUUCUUUAUUGAUUAUUUAUUCAUUAAUUCUUCUUUCAUCCCCCUCCUCCCUUCCUCUCCACCCUCUCCCCUCCCUGCAGCCCAAGGUGAUGUGCUGGAAGAUGCCGACAGCGGGAACGAGAGCCGCAGCGGCAGUGAAGAAACCCACGUGUGCGAGAAGUGUUGUGCCGAGUUCUUCAAGUGGUCAGACUUCUGUGAACAUUUAAAGAGCUGUACAAAGAACCCCCUUGUGCUCAUCGUGAACGACAAUGAGGACACGCCGAACCCUUCCCAGGAGUACCCUUCAGAGCCCUCACCCAUCCCGAGCUGCAACAGCGAGCAAGACGACAGCGAGGACGCCAGGGAGGGGAACCAGAGUCCUGCCGGAGAGGGCGAUGACAUCCCAGAGACGGAUCCUUUAAACGGGGUCGGUGUCCUGGAAAAGGAGGAUGAGCAGAUGGAGCUGGAGCUUUCUCCUGACAAAAAUAUAGACUCCGAAGAGAGAGACGUGACAUCACCCGAGCCAGAUGGCUCCCUACCUCAGCUAAGCGAUGUUGUCCCCUCUGCAAUUACGAGCUACACCAUGCCAAGCACCAAUGUUACCUUGGAGACCCUGCACGGUACUCGGGUUGCAGUUGCCCAGUUUUCGCAGAGUGUAAGGGCAGCGGCGGCGGCGGCGGCAGGCAGUGGGGUGUCCACUAUGGCUAUCCCUAUGAUCCUGGACCAGCUUAUGGCUCUCCAGCAGCAACAGAUUCAUCAGCUGCAGCUUAUAGAACAAAUACGGAGUCAAGUGGCCCUCAUGAACAGACAGUCUGCCCCACAACCUGCUCUCAGCCACCAUCACAACAGUGCUGCGGGAAACCAGGGCUCUGUCUCUUCCUGUGUCCCUCCCGUUGCAAACCAACUUCAUUUACAUAACUUCAUCACACCCCCUGUCCAUCAGCUACCUGUCAGGUUGCCUGCCACCCUUAGUGCUCAAGGACCUUCACCUCUGACCUCAGCAAUAGAAGGGCCUCUCUCUCAAACACCGCAGAGCAGUACUUCACAGUCUAACUCCUCAGUUCCAAACACAUCGUCAAACAACUCAGUGUUUCCACCACCAAGUGGUUCUGGCUUGCCAGCCCUACAUCCCACUUGCUCAUCCACUGUCUCAAAUAACAACAGUAGCACUAGUAGUAGCAUAACAGGAGGCGGCGGUGGCGUCAGCAGCACUUCAGCUCUUCCCAGGAACUCUACCACCCCUCCCUCGCUAAGUCACAGCAGCCUCCUGAACUCUGCCUCCAGUCUACCACUGAUACCUCACAGUUCUUCGAGCAGCGUCAUCUUCCCCAAUCCACUGGCUAGCAUAGCAGCCACAGCCAAUGCACUUGACCCCCUUUCUGCUCUAAUGAAACACCGCAAGGGAAAACCCCCCAAUGUGUCUGUGUUUGACACCAAGCCCAGCUCUGAAGACCCCUUCUUUAAGCAUAAGUGUCGGUUCUGUGCCAAGGUGUUUGGCAGUGACAGCGCCCUGCAGAUCCACCUGCGCUCUCACACUGGAGAGAGGCCCUACAAAUGCAAUAUAUGUGGCAAUCGUUUCUCCACCAAGGGGAAUCUUAAAGUCCACUUUCAGAGGCACAAAGAAAAAUACCCACACAUUCAAAUGAACCCUUACCCUGUGCCAGAGUAUCUGGACAAUGUGCCCACAAGCUCCGGUAUUCCAUACGGCAUGUCGCUGCCCCCCGAAAAACCUGUAACCACCUGGCUCGACAGUAAACCGGUCCUCUCCACUGUCUCCACAUCCAUUGGCCUCCAGCUGCCUCCAACGCUUCCCAGUAUGAUUGGAGGUUUUACAGAUUCUCCUAGCCUCACUCCACUUAAUAGGUCCCCUCAGAGGCCUUCACCGCCCACAAGUGAGUGUGCAUCUUUGUCCCCAAGUAUCGCCAAUGAUUCUGGCAUGACCACUACUUCACUCUCCCCAAAACCUAGCAUUGGGAGUGAUGCACCUCCGCUCCUGAAACCUGAAGGCAUUCUCUUGUCACCAAGUUGCCCUAUAAGGCCAGGAGAGAGCACAGCCACCACAACCACAGUAAGUCAAGCACUUCUUCCCACCACUGUCACCUCUACGAUAUUGUCAGGCAGUAGCCAAAUCACUGAGCCUAUCAGCAGUCCCAACUCCGCUUCAAAUUCUGUCUCCCAUCCCGUCCUUCCAAUGCUUUCUGACCAGUUUAAGGCAAAGUUUCCCUUUGGAGGACUCCUAGACUCUAUGCAAACCUCAGAGACGUCAAAGUUGCAGCAGCUUGUCGAGAACAUUGAUAAGAAGAUGACCGAUCCCAACCAGUGUGUCAUCUGCCAUCGUGUUCUAAGCUGCCAGAGUGCUCUGAAGAUGCACUACCGUAUCCACACUGGCGAGAGGCCUUUCAAAUGCAAGAUAUGUGGACGAGCAUUCACUACUAAGGGAAAUCUAAAGACUCACUUUGGCGUGCACAGGUCGAAACCACCACUUCGAGUCCAGCACUCCUGCCCUAUAUGUCAGAAAAAGUUCACCAACGCUGUUGUGCUGCAGCAACACAUCCGCAUGCACAUGGGAGGGCAGAUUCCCAACACCCCUGUUCCUGAAAAUCUGCAGGAGAUGGACGCGGAUGUGUCCUUUGAUGAAAAGAGCCUAGACGCAAUGAGUAACUACGAUGACGACCUGCUGGAUGAAAUGGAGCAGGCUAUGGAUGAUGACAUGGACUUAAAAGACGGAGAAGUAGACCCUUCUAAGCCCUAUUCACCUGGGAGCUCACCUCCAACUUCUAUCAUUUCUAGCAUUGCUGCAAUGGAAAACCAGAUGAAGAUGAUUGACUCUACUGCCAACAUAAGUCGCACAUUUGGCCUGAAGACUGCACAGAAUGGCAGCAGCUUUCCUGGGGAGACUGACUGCUUUACAACUGACUCCCUGACUGCUGUGGGGGAUGCUGAAGGUCAGAGCUUGGGAAGCCCCGCUUUGUCAGAGUCCUCUGGCUCUAUGCAGCAUUUGUCCCCAGCUCACAGCCAUUCUGAGAGCCAGCGGUCCAAGUCCCCAGCUACAUUCAAUAAUAACAACAGCAGCAGUGCAAUGACAGCAGAGGAGGGCCAGGAGAACAAUGCAGCUGGCCUACCAACAGUGAAGUCAGAAAAAUCAGAGACCCCGUCUCCCCAUUCUGCUACUGAAGGGACCGGGGCCCUUGACCUGACUGCCACUCAACCUGGCAGGCACUUCAUCAAGGAGGAGAGCCACUUCAACAUGCUGUUUCUAAACAGAGAUCGAGGACUAAGUACUCCUAAUUUAGCCAGUACGGCAACAAAUAUGAUCAAGAUGGAAAUUAACGGACACGGCAAGUCUCUGAGCGACAGCGCUCACCUGCCCGUGGGCAUUCAGGUUCCAGCCGCCGCACCCCCGACCACAAUGAGCCCCAGCAUCAAUCCUAUGUUGGCACCGCCGCCUCCACGUCGCACCCCUAAGCAGCACAACUGCCAUUCGUGUGGGAAGAAUUUUUCCUCGGCCAGCGCGCUUCAAAUCCACGAGCGCACACACACGGGAGAGAAACCUUUCGCCUGCUCCAUUUGUGGAAGGGCCUUCACCACAAAGGGCAAUCUGAAGGUUCACAUGGGAACACAUAUGUGGAACAACGCCCCCGCUCGUCGGGGCCGACGCCUGUCGGUGGAGAACCCCAUGGCCCUCCUGGGCGGCGACGCCAUGAAGUUCAGCGAGAUGUUUCAGAAGGAUCUGGCGGCCCGGGCCAUGAACGUCGACCCGGGCUUCUGGAACCAGUACGCCGCCGCCAUCACCAACGGCCUGGCCAUGAAGAACAAUGAGAUUUCUGUGAUUCAGAACGGAGGCAUCACCCAGCUACCCGUCAGACUCGGCGGGACGGGAAUCACUUCCUUGGGAGCCAUGCCUGGAGGAGGCAUGGACCGUGUUCACACUGGCAGAAGCUCCCCCAUCACGGGUAUGGAGAAGUCUGGCCUGGAGGUUCCAGCCAGUCGACCCUUUUCCAGAUAUAUGGAGGAGAACAAAGAGAUUGGGAUCAACUGAAAACUUGUCUGUAUUGUAGCAGUUUGGCAAAGACUUAAAGUAUGAUGAGAAAAUUACUGAGGAAAAAAAAAAAAAAAAAAAAACUGCUGAUCCAGUCUAAACUCAUGCAUACUUCUGUGUGUACAGAUUAUUUUUCGUUUGGUUUUGGAAUUAUGGUAUUUAGUAUUGAUUAGAGGCCUUUGCCUUUCACCCACUCCCUUCUCACUUGAUAUUUCGUCUAUACAAAGAAAACUUUGUCUCUUGUUUGAGAAUAUGUCGUCUUGCAAGAUAUGCAUGGUACUUCUUUGUUUUUAUUGGUAUGUUUGACUGCUUUUAUGAAUUCCUUUGAAAACCAGGAUCCUGCCUAAGCGACAAUGGGCAAGCAUCUUUUAACGGACAGGACAAAGUUCACACAGGAACAGUUUUGUUUAACGACAGUCUGACAUUUGUCCAGCAGCCCCGUUAGCGGUAGCUCUUUUGAACGCAAGGGCCGAGACGAGACUGAAGAAGAGACUGAAGUUUAGUGUUUUCGUGCUCGCUUGAUACAACCUUUGUUUUUAUAAAUUUUGUUUUUUUUUUCUCAUGAACUAGAAAACUUGAAAAAAUAAUGUUUGAACUAUUUUAAUCUUUACAUUUAGUCUCUCAGCAUUGUCUUAUAAUGUUGUCCCGUGUCUUUAGUAUUUAUGAUAUUGACAAAAAAAAAAAGCGGGUAUUCAAAAAUAUAUUUAACAGCCCAAGCAUUUUAUUGUUUUUUUUGUUUUGUUUUGUUUGGUUGUUUUUUUUUUUUAUAAACGGCAGGCUUCACUGAUGAGUAUCUCUGUUAAUAAAGGCAGUAUGUCACUUGAGUUGACCAACAGAGAUAAAAUUGUAGGUUUUAUUUGGAUAUCUGUUGACACCAUGUGUAUCUUCUCACAUGACAAGGAGGCAAGAGAUAUCCAAAGCUGCUAUGACCACAACCCUGCUUUUAACCUUUGUAAAAAAAAAUAAAUAAAUAAAAAAAUAAAAAUAAGAAGGAAAACAAAAAAAAGAGGUGAACCUUUUGAAGAAAUAUCUAUGUAUAGAAAUACAGACAAAUCUAAAACAGGUAUGCAUAUUUUGUAUCACAUAAAAUAGACAUCAUGAGUUGAGAGUUAUUUGUCAUGUUUGUGAAUGCACUUUUUAAAAACAAGACGUUUUUGUCUGUGAGUUACCGUUAACCUUUUGACUGAGCUAUCUAUCACGUGCUGUUUUCAUUGUUUUCAGCAAACCACUGCUCCAGCUGACUGAGUCGGUUCUGUGUUAUUGCAUCUGUUGCAACUCGUCAAGAGUGCAAAACUCAUCGCCCAAUCAACCCCCCCCCCCUCUACUCCCCUCAAAUAAAAAAGGAAAACAGGUGUGUGGGCGUGUGUGUGUGUGUGUGCGUCUGAACGGUCUCUUUAUCUCUCUGGGAAUUUUUCUUUCUCUUUUACACGUCUUAUUUAUUUUUUGUUGUUCCUAUUAGAAAUUAAAACACAAAAUGUAAAAUAUUUCUGAUCACAAAAUUGAAAUACAUUUUUUAUACCUGUUAUUACCAAUGAGCAGCUUGUUUUGUCAUUUGAUUAGAUUAUAUUAUUACAUGAUUCAGUCCAGUUCAAUUUUCUUAUAAAUUCAGCGCUA